CCGCCGCCUUGCACCCUGCCUGCCAGUGUCUGUGGCAUUGGCAUCGGAUCAGGCAGGUGUGUGGGCUCAGGAUGAGGUGGCUGCAGUGAGGAGCCCCCCGCUCUCAGCCCUACAGGAAGAGUGGCCAGGAAUGGACAUGAGCGUGGACACGGAGCUGCUGUGGCCGGGGGCGGCCCUGCUUCUGCUGCUGCUGGGGGCGGCGGCCAGCCUGUGUGUGCGCUGCUCCCGCCCAGGUGCAAAGAGGUCCGAGAAAAUCUAUGAGCAGAGGAGCCGGGAAGAGAAUCAGCAGAACUUCGCCGUGGCCCGGACCUACACGUUGGUCAGGGAGGCCUGGCCAGGGCCCCUGGUGGACACGGCCUCCAACGCGGCAUCAGCAAGGAAGGACAAACUGCUGCAGUUCUCCCCCAGCCUCGAGGAUUCUUCAUCCUCCAGGUACCAGAACUUCAGCAAAGGAAGUAGAUGCAGAUCAGAUGCAGCCUACAUACACCCCUUCGCCACAGACUAUUUCGAUUGUGGGCGGUUCCAGAAGCCCCCGGAAGACGAUGACGACACCAAUUCCUACGAGAACGUGCUCAUCUGUGAGCCAAAGAAAACCGAAUCAGGCGACGACGGGUCUGAGGAUUACCAGAACUCGGCAUACAUCCGGCAGUGGCGGGAGUCCAGGAGAGUCGUGGAGCCCGUCCCGAGGGAAGCACCUCCCUCCCCGGUAGGAAGCCCAGACGAGGACGGCGGGGAGCCUGAUUACGUGAACGGGGACGUGGCAGCCGCCAAAGCCUAGAGAAGCCCUGAAGGAAGGAGCCAGGGAACCGUACACUGCCUCCCCAGGGUCCCUUCUCCAGAGCUGCUCAACUUCUAGACCCCCUACGGCUACCCCUGGGAGGCGCACCAAUGCAUCCUGAGCACCAGCCAGCCGGCCACGGGGUACCCAGCCCGGGAAAGGACAGUUACGCGUGGAGCCGCCCUCUGACCGGCUCCCACGGGCAAGGCCGGAGCCUGGGGCCGAGGGCAGCUCCCGCUGUGGUCAGAUGCCCAGGACUCAGAGCAGUCACAUCCCCUUAACCACAUUUAAAACAUCAUACUACA